CACGAUUUUGUCACUGUUAGUGUGAGAACUAGAUAGCAAAGAUUUUCAACAGCGCUGGCUUAAAUUUUAAAAAAGAUGAAGUCAACUCCUACUCUUUGAAAAUACUUCAGUGUCUUUCGAUGAGCAAGUGCUAGAAGAAUGGUGGUAUAAUCUUAAGCUUUCUCGGAAAACAUUUGUGACGUCACGUGAUUAUGUUUUGCAUUUUAGCUUACUUCUUGUCAAGCGAAGGAAAACCGAACGUGCAGUGGUCUUCAAUUAGUCGUUCCCAAAGUAAAAGAAAGCCAUAGUUGAUGUGGUUACUGUCUUUGAAUAAGUUAUGGCUGAGCUAGAAGACGAAAUUUCCUCGCUUUGCAGCGAAAUACACGAGUUCAAGAUCGGAACGUUCGAGAAGUUCUAUGAUGCCAUGGAAGGCGAAAUGGAAGGUUGCUGUGUGAAUAUUGUUUUCUUUGGCAUGACUGGGUCUGGGAAAUCAGCUUUGAUUAACACCAUAUUCCAGUCUUUGGGAUACAAAUAUUUGAAUCCAGCUGUAACUCAAACCACCGGAAAGGAAGGAACAAAGGUUUUGGAUAGAUUCUUUCUUCCCGGAAACCAAAUCGCGCUUGUCGACACGCGAGGAUUUUUCUCGAUGGAUAACAAUGAAGAGGGUAGGUCCUUUUUUUUACUCAUGAAUUUCAAUAUAGUCGAUGCUGAAAGGAUUUGAGGAUUCACCACGUGUUUAAGCACAUUUAUUUACUCGUUAGAAAAAAAAGAAAAAAAACUGGGAAAGCGUGACAAACAUGUCCGGCGAAAAAGUGACAACAAAACGCACUACGCUGUCUGCCGGAUAAAGAUGCAUUAAGUGGAUGGCGUCAUCCAACCUUCGAACAACUCAGGCCUGGCUUUUAACUAGGAUGUUUUGGUUAACUUUUUAAUCCCUUUCUUAUCUCCUUAAGUAUUCUUUACCGCUUAUUUGGCAAUAAAAAUCAGGAGAAAUCUACUGCUCUCAGCUAUCUUUGUUGUUGACUAAGGAGACAUUGCUGUGUCUUUUCAGAACUGCUUUGGUAAAUUCACCCCACAUCGAUUCCAACACCUUAUAAAACUGCCAAAAGUAAUUUGCAAAUCUUAAAAUCGCGAAAUAUAUAACCCUUUAAAUAUUGAUUGGAACAUUUAAUUAUAAUACAGUCGAACUGUUUCGCAUCCUGUUUGGAAUGGAUCGGCCGGGAGAUGAUUUAACACGGGAUGAGGAGAGCGCUCUAAAGGCAAAAGCCGCUGGCCAGGGAGCCCACAGACUUGAGAAGCCUCCACUAGCCGACCAAAUGCACGUCGUGAUUUGGGUCAUAAAAGCUAAUGACAUCAGAUUUGAAAAGGGUCAGUACAGAGAGGUCAUCAAGUAUGUUCAAGACCAACUACGGGAGGCAAGUAAGUAGGACUUUUCCAGUGAAGCUUUUUGCAACUUACUCCUUGACGCCCGCUGCAACAUUCAAAUUUAGGGUGUGACGCUCAAAAGAGUCUGUGAAAAAUAACAGAACGAUUAAAAAAUGCCAAACAUUUUUUACCGUAUCAAGUAUUUUAAAUUGCAUCACUAUGAUCUGGCGCUAUAUAAAUGUCCGACCGUCUGACAGUCCCACGACUAGUUGACCCCCAGUUAGUUAUUCAAAUAACUAACUGGUGGACUGAAUUCUUGACUGUCUGACUGCUAGACUACUAGAUACAUGACUGACUUUCUUGCCGGUUAAUUUUUAGUGAUUCACUUUCAUCAUCAUUGAUAUUGAAGAUGUGCUUCAUUUGAAAUCUCUCUUCAUCCUGUUGAAGCAAUCACCAUCUUAACUGUCAUAACAUUCGAUGAUGAAGUCCAGAGAGAGCCAAACGCCGAUGAAAAAAGGAAAAGAUUGAAAGAGGCAGCCGUUGAAGUCACUGGUAGUGACAUGAGAAAUGUGUUUAUGAUUGCCAACUCGUUACGAGAACAAGAUCUUGAUCCAGUUUACAAGAAACGUGUCUUGAAGCUGAUGGAAAAAGCAUUAAAGUGCGGAGAGCGUUCCAUUAAGAUGCGGCAAACUAAAAGGGAGAGUCCAAAAAAGGAAAUUCGGCAUUCAGAGUCUGCAGCCGGUGAGCUCAAGUAUCCAACCCCAGUGGAGCACGAAUAUGAACCUCCGACUGAUCGUAAAUGCAAAAGCUUGCCGUAAGUUACUCAUUAUUAUCAGUAGAGCCUUAUCAACUAAGUAGUUAAGCCAACUAGACGGGAAUUGGAUGAGAGAGAAUUCAAAUCACGAACUAAGCUGAAGGUCUAUUACUUUGUUCACUUCUUUUUCUUUAGUACCUAUUAUUUUGAGCCUGAAAGGAAUUCGUGCUUCUUCAAAGAAAUUGACUCGAAUUUGGUAAAACGCUUUCUUUCGAAGAAUAUAAUAAAGGGGACAUGCUCGAGAAUAAUAUUAUCGGAUAACCAAAUGAUCUUCUCAGUUUUUUAAAAGAUUAACGAUUACCAUACAUUACAGUUGACUGUUAAGUAAACGAAGUCGGCUGGUAAACCUGCGCUCAGAUUUGGAUCCAUCAUAAAUGUAUAUUUCGUUAUUUUAUGAGAAUUGACCCUGCAUUCGCAUCUGUUCUCAUCUAAUGUAUUUGGUUGUGGCUUGAAAAAACUACCUCGCAAAUACAUUCCCCGCGUUUUUAUCCCUUUCCUUAUCAUUUCCGACGGACAAAGACAAGGGAAAGUAUAAGCAACGACGCCACGUCCCACUCAUUAACUCAUUUUGUUGUUUCUUAAUAGGCCAGAUUUUAAAUCACCUGAACUCAACCAGUCUUCAACGUUCACCAGGAACCUUCGAGAUGGAGCUAAAUGACAAUGAACACUACCACAUGUUCCAAAUCGUUGAUGUGUUUUCUUGUGUUCAUUUUGACUUAUCAUUAGCUUUAGAGACAUCAAAAUUUUUCCAAAAACUUUUGGUACACAUUCUUUAUUUGUUUGUUAUUUACUAAGUAACAGUAUCAUCAUGAAAGGAGCAAACUUAUGAAGAUGUGUUUGUUUAUCAAGGUUAUGGGGAAUUGAUGUCCAAACGUAUGUCUCAGGAGUUAAUAUCAAUUGUAGAGUAAGGCUAUUGAUUGAAGAUCGCUACAACACGGCUCACGAUAAGAAAAGGCCGGGUUGAAUCUACCGUUCAUAUAGAUCAGAGGCUCAAAAUCCUAAGACAAACGUUUGGAUCUUAAUAUAUCAUUAUGCGGAGCAGACUCCUUCUAAAUGACACAAAAAUACGAAAGCAGCAGGAGUUUUGAUGUUCGUGCAUGCUAAGUAGUCCUCAAAAUCUACGAUAUUCUUGUGGACGUAUCACUCAUUUUAUAAUCUUUUUUCGAGAUAGAUAUGGGACGAAACUGAAGCCUUAAGGUAUAAAACAACGAAAGGAACUUUUAUUCAAUGAUUUGGAUAAAAAUCAAAGAGUUGCCUUCACCCCAUAUUCUCAUCUCAGUUUUAUCUUAAAGCGCUUUGAAAAGUGUUGUAUUCGUAACGAAAGAUGGAUACAACAAGCAGAUUAUACGUCUGUAAAAAAUUUUACUGCUAGUCUGAAAGAGAAAAGUGAAUUGACUGUUCUCAAAUAGAGUCAGUCAAGAGGAGGGGAAUGUGCCCUAUCUUGGCGAAAUGGAAGAUGGCUAAUCCCCUUUGCAGCAAUGCCGUAAAGAAACUGUACAAUAGAAUUGUUCUGAUUAUCCUUCACAACAACAUGGUGUUGUGUUUUUCCAGUUUCUCUAUGUUCAUGUAUCAGUAAUUCGACGUUGGGAGCAGACUGCCAUUUGUCGUAUAAGUUGUCCUCUAUCCCUUUAGGAGGGGUCCAUUCUCCGGACCUCUUUUCUGCUUCGUGAUAUGAAAUCCUACCAUAGCGAAGUCGGGUCUUCAAAACCAGUGUUGGCUCUUCGAUAUGCUUUGGUGGUGUGCAGGUGAUCUGCAGAUCCCUUUGACGAACCCUCAGGAAGAGAUUGUGAUCGACUGAAUGGAGCACUACGCCUGGAAGAUUGCUCUUGAGGGGAAAAGGAUUCUCUCCACCAAAUAAUACAUGCCUUUUCUCCAAGAGUUUCAGUAAUUUUGUCUUCGUGAAUCAGACGAUUAUCUGAGCAGAUGAUAGCAACGACUUUUUUGUCUGAAUGAAAAAAAUUAUUUCAGUUAAGAAUGAUAGAAACCUUAAGCAACAGCUGCAAAGCAGAGAAAAAGGCGGUGUUAGUCACCAGCAUGGAGACAAUUUUCAACUUUAGUUUACCUCACCGAUUUUUUUAAGGAAAAC